AUGCUGACGGCGGUCUGCGGCUCCCUGGGAUCCCAGCCCUCGGACGCGCCCCGCGCCUCCCCGACCCACCUGGACCUGCAGCCGCUCCAGCCCUUCCAGCCGCACGGCCCCGCCGCCCCGGGAGCCCCCGACUUCGCCUCCCCGCUGCCCCCCCCGGAGCUGCCGCUGCCGGGGCCCGACGACUCGGCCUUCGCCGCCCCCGGCGCCUACGAGCCCCAUGGCCCCCCGAGGUUAGAGCUGCCCCCCGACGGCCCCGCCGCCCCCGGCGCCUACGCCAAGCUGCUGCCUGCCCCCCCGGACAUGGCGCACCCCUACGAGCCCUGGUUUCGGCCCCCCCACCCCGGCGCCCCCGGCGAGGAAGGAGGGGGCGUCAACUGGUGGGACCUCCACGCCGGGGCCAGCUGGAUGGAGCUGCCCCCCGGGCAGGGCGGGGGGCUGCAGGUGCCCGCGCACCCCGGGCUGCCGCCGGCCCUGGGGGGGUACGGCCCCGGGGGGGAGCACCAGCUCUGCGCGCCCCCCGCCCACCUCCUGCCGCCGCCGGCGCAGCAUCUCCUGGGCGCCGAGGGGGCGAAGGCGCUGGAGGGUCCCCCGGAGCCGCGGGGGCCGGAGGCGGAGGGCGGGGGGCGUCCCAAAGGCGCCCGGCGGGCCGUGCCCAGGGGCGGGGGGCAGGCGGCGUGUCGCUGCCCCAACUGCCAGGAGGCCGAGAGGGGCGGCCCGUGCCCCGAGGGGGCGAAGCGCAAGCACCUGCACAACUGCCACAUCCCGGGCUGCGGGAAGGCGUACGCCAAGACCUCCCACCUGAAAGCCCACCUGCGCUGGCACAGCGGCGACCGGCCCUUCGUGUGCAACUGGCUCUUCUGCGGCAAGCGCUUCACCCGCUCCGACGAGCUCCAGCGGCACCUCCAGACCCACACCGGCGCCAAGAAGUUCGCCUGCCCCGUCUGCGGCCGCGUCUUCAUGCGCAGCGACCACCUGGGCAAGCACAUGAAGACCCACGACGGGGGCAAGGACGGGGCCGAGCCCGAGGGGAAGGGCGCCGGGGACCCGUCGGCCGCCAAGGGAGGAGGCAAGAGGGAGCCCGAGGGGGGCAACGCCGCCGCCCCCACAAACUGAGCCGCUGAGCCCCGGGGGGAGGGGGGACACACACACACGGAUGGA